AUGGAAGUUGCUGGCGAGCUGGUUCAGCGCUGGAGCAGUCUGAUCUGGGAUGCGUGGACUGAGCUUAGUCACGACCUCACCGUCAGCGAUGCUUGGCUUUUGUUAGUUCCCUGGGUCACUCUGAUGGACCAAACCCCGCCCCAUAAGAGGGCGAGAUAUGAUCCCUCUUCGCCAUGGAGCAUCCGAAGCGACGCUCUUUCCUUGCAUGCUUUCUCGCCCUUGACAGUCUGCUCAGAGGAUGAAGACGUGGCUGCCGGAGUUUCUUUUGGCCGGAAUCCAUGUGCAGAAGUCCUCCAGGCUUUGAUGCUUCUGUCAGGAGAUGGGCAACCCUGGCUGCGCGCAGAGCAGGUCCACAGGCACUUCUCCGCAGAAUCUCGAGCGCAGGUGGAUGAGGUUUUCUCUGCGCUGGCAAGUAUCGGAGCCGUUGACAGACACUGCGAUGGAUGUGUCCGCUUGUGCUCUGCACCAGCCGCUGCACCAGCCGCUGCUUCGAGUGACCUUGCGCCGGUGACAGCAUCUCGAUGGCAGAUGUUUAUCGCUCGAUCAAAGGCUGCACAGCAGGCAGCUGAUGCCGCAGACGCUGUGUCCAAUGUGUCGGACCCAGUGGAAGACGUGGAGGAGGAUGUUCCUUUAGAAGACGUGCGUGCCUCUGAGAAGGAGCAGGAGGUGCCAUCCUCUUCUUCAACGGCGCCACACUUGCGGCAAGGCUUCUGGGCAAAAGCUGCCAAGGGCACCCUUCGUGCUGCAAAAUGGGGCCGGUGUGGCCGCUGCUUGCAUCCACUGCGUUUUCACAUCUUCCAGGGUGGCAGAAAUCCAGGCAGGCCUGCGCUUGUUUGCUCGAAGUGGUUCACUGGAGGUUCUGCUGACGAGUCGAGAUGUUGGUUCCAAAAGCCUUUUCCUCGCGACCGGUUCGAUGAUCUGACAGCAUCCGAGAAGGAAUGGUGUAAAGACAUCCGUGUUCAGCUGUGGCUGAGCCAUCCGUGA